AGUAAAUUUGCCAGAUAACUUCCUAUAUUUAGCUUCCUCCCUCCUUGACCUUAGCCUCCAAGCUUUUAAUUUUAGAUUUACUCUCCUUAAUUUCUAGAUAUAUAAAAACCCAGUUAAAAAUCCAGAAACCUUCAAUAUUUUUCUCGCAGAGCCCAUCCCUUCAGUUUCAGAACACGUUAUUUCAGAACUCUCACCACAGAGUGCAGUGGUUUUUCUUAACAUUGUCAGCUUGCAACAUGCCAACACUCGGGAAGACCUCUCCAUUUCUACUCUUAUUGCUCCUAGCAACACUCUUCCAUCUCUCACAUGGCGAUGUGGGCACCUGUUCCCACUACAGACCCCCAUAUUUACCCACUGCCUGUUAUGGGAAUUCAUCAUCACAUUUCCCAUCAAGCAAUCUGUUUGCCGCGGCCGGCGAGGGAAUAUGGGACAAUGGCGCCGCCUGUGGAAGACAGUACCUGGUGAGAUGCAUCAGUGCAGCUGUCCCGAGAACUUGUCUUCCAGACCAAAUCAUCCAGGUUAGGAUUGUUGAUCGAGCACAAACAUCAAGGUCAAGGCCUUCAUCGAAUGGGGCUACGAUAGUCCUCUCUUCUACCGCUUUUGGCAGCAUCGCAGAUCCUUCGGCAAGAUUGGUUAACGUAGAAUUCCAACAGGUUUGAAGAAGAAGAAGAAGAACAGUUGUUUCUAGAUAACGCGCAAGGGGUUGAGAUUAAGUCAAUGUGAUGAGUUACGUGGGUUAGCAAGCUAGCUAGCUAUUCGUAUUAAGAGCGUGUUUGGUAUUGUGGUUGCUGUUGUGGUUGUGGUUUUAAAAAAGUUGUUUUAUAAAAAGUACUUUUAGUUGAGGUUGGGUUGGAAAAA